AUGGUUUUAGCUUUGUGCCAUAUGAAUUCUAAGAGUGCACCAGCGACUGGCGGUGUAAAGAAACCACAUCGUUAUCGUCCCGGUACAGUGGCUUUGCGUGAAAUUCGUCGUUAUCAAAAAAGUACUGAAUUGUUGAUCCGCAAAUUGCCAUUCCAGCGUUUGGUACGCGAAAUUGCCCAGGAUUUCAAGACCGAUUUACGUUUCCAGAGUUCCGCUGUUAUGGCUUUACAAGAAGCAAGCGAAGCAUAUUUGGUUGGCUUAUUUGAAGAUACCAAUUUGUGCGCCAUUCAUGCCAAGCGCGUCACAAUUAUGCCCAAAGAAAUUCAACUGGCUAGACGUAUUCGCGGAGAGCCUGCUUAACGAAAAAUCUCAAUA